AUGGCCCUUCGCUUUAAUGAUGGUGAGUUCUGUUUGGAUUUGUGUUUUUGUUCCGCUUUUAGGUUUGAAUUUGAUGUCCGGAAGGUGAGGGUGCUGCUUUGAAGGUUAAUUCGUUUUGGUUUUGGUGGAAACAAAUUUUAGAGUUUGAACAUAGUCUGUUCUUGCUCUCCAAAAAAUUUCAGUUAAUAGAAGAAUGAGAAAGGCAAGGAAUUAUUCAUUUACCUUAAUUUAGGUCUGCAAAACCUAAAUUUGGUCGAAAAACUUAUUUUUCUCGCUUAAAUUAUCCUGAAAUCUCUUAGAGGAGCUGGAGUAUGAUCUUUUGAUCACCUCUGCUUUAGAUUUGGUGUGUCUUUAUUAUUUUUGAACAGGUUUAUAAUAAUUUUUCUGCUGCCUAGUACAAUAUCGGGGUUUUUGUUGGAAGACUUUUUGCAUUUCAAAUUUAUAGUGCGGUUUGACGUCCUCUUGGUUAACAAAGCCCUAACACCACUAUAGUCGUUUAUUUAGACCACCUUUUACGUUACUUUAGUCAUUGACUUCCUCAAUUCCGUAGGUUUGCCAUUCCUUCCUUCUAGAAUUCAUGCCCAAUCCACUAGCCCAUGAUUAAUACGUUGUUUUUUAAUCGUUUGCAGUUUGCUCAUUGCCGUUCUUUAUGAUGUUGCUUUCGGCAGCUGUUUGGAAGAAAUCUUUGGUGGUGUUUUUUUUCGUCCCGAGCUCAAAAAACGUAGGAAUGUUCGCGGUUUGGGCCGAGUCAGAAUUUAGCAAGUUCACAAGUUGAAACGAGUCUAACAAGAGGGACGAAAGGGCGGUUGGGGAGGUCUGACGUUUUGUAAAUUUUGUGGGAAACGAUGAAAAUUGAUGGGUAUUUGGUGGGAAUUGGCCUGACGAAGGAUGUUUUUGGUAUUUUGACAGUGGAAAUGUGAUGGGCAAGGGGAUGGAAUUGCAGAUUUUUUAAUUAUGAAGAGUUGUUUAUAUUGCACUAGGCAUUUGACCAAAAUUUUUAUUUUUUUCGUAUUUUUUUUUCUUCUUGAUACCUGAAAUUAGGUUCGAAAUGAUGAGUGAUGAUUUUAUUUUACUAUUAGACAUUUGUAAUGCUAUUUACUACUCGAUUUUUCCCCAAAUUUCCGGAUCUUUUACGAAAAAGUUCCAUAAAAAAGACGUAAAAUGGGGAAAAAACUUUGUGCCCUGAUCACUUAUGUUUUGAUCAAAAAGCGAAGACGGAAGUGGCCUAGUGCAAAUUAAUCGCCCAUCCGACAAUCGUCUGGCCCCCACUUGAAUCGGAAGAGAUUUUCCCAGAUUCCGUUGAUUUUUUCAUAGACAAUUUAUGGAAAAGGUCUUCGAAACGAUGGUUUUGGUUUUUAUAAUUAGUUGAGAAUGUAAAAUAACGAAAUUUGGGAUUGUUUGACGGGGUAAAAUACGGAAUCUGUUGCGUCCUGUAAAUUGGAUAGAGGGCAAAGAAAGUCAAAAAUAUGUUUUCAGUAUUUGUGGGAUGUCCUGAGGGCAAAGAAAGUAAUGUUACGAAUUUUCAAGCGGUUUUUUGUUGGGGAAAUCAUUUUUUUCAUUUUUUAAAAUGAAAAAAUUGGCUUCGUGGAAAUUUGACAGAGUGAAACUCGACAGAAAUAAGUUGGACAGAGUGUGGAAAUUAGAUAGAGGGAAAUUGAACAGAGUGAAACUGGACAGAUUUUUUUACUGCAAAAAAUAAUACAGGGGACCUGAUCAGUGGCAAAAAACGUACCAUUUUGCAUCCAGGGAGCAUCAAAAAAUGUGGCAAAGUACCUCCCUCUUCAAGUGAAAAUUGAAAACAUAUUUUUGCAAGUAAAAAAUGCCCAAUUCCCGAGUUUUCGAGUUCGUUUUUGAUAUUUUCCGCCCAUGAAACCGGUCGAGUCGGCCACAGAAGCAGUUCGCCUCAUCUUCCUGGACUAUAUUCUGUUCCUAUUGUGCUUUGUUUCGUACCUAAUUCGCUUUCGUUUCAUGUCGUUUAACCAGAUUUUUGCCCUCUUUUCAGACGACGGGAUGAUUUUACAUUCCAACGAUUUUCUGGGUAAUUUUUUCGUUCAUUUUUUAUUUUUGUUUUGAUUUUUUUUGAUUUUGUGUGGAGUGUGUAAAGAAUUAUAAAAAAAAAUUAAACGAAAUUUAAUUUUUUUCGAUUUUUUUUGAAAUUUUUGGUCGUAAUUUUAGAAAAUUUUAUUUUUUAAAUGUUUUUUUUGGUAUUUUUGCUUUCUGAAUUAGGUAGUAUAGACGUAUUUUACAUUUUGCAAGAAAGAUUUUUAAAUUCUUUUCUAGUUGGAUGCUUUUUUUGCAAUUUAUGACCUAAAAUAAGGUGAAUUUCCAAAUUUUUUUCCGAAAUUAUUUUCCAAAUUUUGCUUAUUAGUUUAAAAUACGUUGUAGCAAAGCUAAAAAGUUCUAUGUGCGAAAAUUUUCGCUACACAAAAAAAAAAAUAAUUUUUCUCUGCAUGUCCAAAAAAAUUUUUUUUGUUUUCCUUGGCCUCUGGUCUAUAACAAUAUAAGUUUUGCUAUCCAAAACGCUUCUGCUUUUUGUUCUCAAGGUUUGCUAUAAAAAAUAAUCGAAUCUGGUCUCUUUCAGAUUAUCCACUUUCCUCCUCCUUUACAUUCCAAGAGUUUGUGGACGCCUGCGGUUCGGAGUCCUGUAAAGAACGGUAAGAAGUUAUAUUUGGUAGGAGCUUUAGGCGUUGAUAGAAAAUUGUAAGGGGUAUUUUGGGAUUUGAAGGGGUUUGAGGCGGUUUUUGGACCUUAUUUUAGGUGAAAGUAGCAGAAAUUUUGAAAAUUUUUGAAGCAUUUUUUUCGAAUUUGUAAAAUACGAAAAAAGUAUGAAGAUUUUUUUUAUUUUUAGGGUGUGUAUGAACUUUCAUUUAUUAUUUUUCAUCGAUUUUCUGACAAAAAUCCGAGAAAUUGCGAAAAAUCUCCUAAAAUUGACGUCACUUUCAAUAUAAUCCCCUAAUUUUUAGUGUAAACGCGGCCCAACACCUCAGUGAUGCGAUCCGAAAGACGGCCGACUUUGACUUCUCGAUGAACGACUUUUUUGAUUCGCUCGAAAAGCUGUUCGACAGCCCCGGCGAGGUCCGCCGAACGACGGUGGAGAAGCUGCGCGAAGUUUUCAGCGAACUCUCCGUCAAAGGCAUGCCCAAAACCCUGACGGACCUCGCACAUUUCACUGUAAAUGAGCUGGUAAAAACGCUGGAUGACGGCGAUGAAAAUGAGCAUAAUGCAGCGCUGUCGACAAUCACAUAUCUUUUCGAGAAUGAUUUUUUAGAACAAGGUGAGAAAUGGGCGGUUUUGGAGGAGAAUUUUGGGGAAUUUUGAGGGGGUAUGGGCUAAAUAUUAUACCAGUCCGCUCGCAAAGUCGCUGGAGCAAUUUUUGGCGUGUGCACUGUGCGAAAAAAAGUCAGGAUGCGAGCGACAGAAAAAGCCUAUUGCACGGUGCAAAAAGCAAGAAAUUGCACAGUGCAAAGAAAAGUUUUGUUUUCGCACAGUGCGUAUCGCCGAUUUCAAUCCGGCGACUUUCUGGAACUGGUCCGUUUGAAAAGUCGCUGGAGUGUUUUUGGAUCAUGCACUGUGCGAAAAGAAAAGUUCUCUUUGCACUGUGCAAUUUUCGGUUUUUUGCACAGUGCAAUUGGGUUUUUUGGCCCUUGCAUCAUGAGUUUUUUUUGCACAGUGCAUAUCGCCGAGAUCACUCCAGCGACUUUCCGAACGGACUAGUACGAGUGAAUUUAGUGGAUUUUUAAAAUUUUUUCUGGAUUUUGAAAGAUUUUUUACUAAAAAAUGGAAUUUUUGUGAGAGUAUGAAAUUUAGCGAGAAGGGUUGAGUUAUGGAAAAGGCUGGUAAUAAUUUUAGGGGCAUUUGGAAUAGAAAAUGUGGUAAAAAACGAGUAGAAAAGGUCAUUAAGAAUAGGAAAUAGGGUAAAAUACGAUAUUGUCUACAAUUUUUUGUCGAUAAAGGUAGAUUUUUGGAAAAAGAAAAAAUGUGACUUGAAAGUGUCGUAUUUUAAAUUUUUUUGUUUAAAUUAAUAUUGUUUGGCCUCUUUUAGCAGAUAUAAUGGAAGCCCUAGUCCCCGCGUUGUUCCGGUUAUUCUUCAAACAAUGUCAAAUUCGCAAUCGAUGUAAUGAAACCCAGUUCACAAACAUGAUCAAUAUUGUCGCGGUAGGUUUUUCUUUUUGGAUUUUAUUGGAUUUCUGCUGGAUUAUGGGAAUUUCUGGAGUUGAAAUUUGAUUUUUUUUUUGCGAAAAUUCGGGAUUUUUGGUUUUAAAAUUUUUGGGAUUUUUAAUUUUUUUUUUUUUUUUUUUGAUUUUUGGGGUUGAAAAAUUUUACGAAGUGUUUUACAAAGCGUAACAAUUUCAUGUGGUGUUUUCCGAGGGUAGGUGUCCUUCAAAGUUCACUUUUUUGAAACGUUUUGUACUUCUUUCCCCCAACUUUUUUCGAAGGAUCUUUGUGCAGUUUUUACAAUUCCUGGUCUUUGGUCUCUCUGUGAAAAAAUCGUGAAUCUCACUCCAUUCACGUAAACUGGGAAUAAUUGGUGCAAAAGUAUGGAAAUUAAAAAAAAUUUUGAUGAUAAGGGAGUGCACUUAACUUGGCUGUAACUUGAGAAAAAAGUGAAGUUUUGGGGAAAAUCAGGGUUGAUUUUUGGAUGUUUCUAUGUUAGAAGAUUUUUUGGGCUGGAAAAUGUCCAAAAUUAUUGAAAAUAUAAAAAAAAAAUCAAUUACGAGAUUUUUCUUUUGAUUUUUUCCGAUAAAAACAAAGUAAUAUCAAUAUAGUACAACAAUACUUUUAUGAUUCUUUACACUAAACGUAAGUGAUCUGUGGUAGGCUCUACGCAACACCAUUUUUUGUUUGGUUUACAACUUACAAGGAUCUUUACAAAACCGCAAACAAUCACUAAAAAAGUUCGUCCAUCAUCCCGCUGUUUGUUUGUUUGGUGGAGGAAAGUACUAAAAAAGUUUAUUGCUGGGCAAAGAAAGAGGAAUUGGCUUAUGAAAUGAGGGGAUAUGAGAGGUGAAAGUUGGGUGGGACAUGAUUAUCUGAGUUUUGAAAAAAAAAUAUGAUUAAUGAGACGAUGAGACGGUACAGUGGCGAUCCAGUGGCAAAAAACGUACCAUUUUGCAUCCGAGAUGUAUCAAAAACACAGAAAAAGAGGCAUUUUUCUUUCGUUUUUGAUACUGCUCGGAUGCAAAAUGGUACGUUUUUUGCCACUGUAUCACUCAAAAUAUCCCAUGUACAGGGUCCCCUACUGUAUAUGGGAUAUUUUUGAGUGGAUUGUUUAUCGAUGGGUCUUGUUUAUCCCACAUGCCGAGCAGCGUACGGCAUGUUGAUUCGGUGUCAUGUUGCAAUUGAACUUGUUGAGAUAGGUCGGAUUUCGUCUUCCUGUCAACAGUUGGCGGUUCUUUAUUUUACGGUUUGUGCUCGAUGGCAGGUCUUGGUUCCUCGAGUCUUCUUUUGGCACUAAGAUAGGCUGAUUCUCUGUGGCUCUGUUAUCUGUCCGCUUUGUCGGGAAUUUCGAGGAUGUUGCUGUACUUGAAGACGGGUUUCCUUAUAGUGUUUGAUUCUUUGGCUUCUUUUUUUUUUGAAAAGUUUUUGUGGAUGUUUUGACUAGGGACUUGGGAAUCCCAUCGCCCCCUUCUCUCCUUGAUUUGUUUGUCUUUUCAUUUUCACAAAAACGAAUUAUUUCCGAAACUGGCGCACCCGAAAUGAUGGAGAAGAAGUUGCUCUCGAGGGAAAAUCGCCGAGAAAAGAAACGCCGCUGAAGGUCGACGGUCCGAAAAAAACACUCGCCGAAGGUCGAAGAGGCAAAUUUUAAUCGAAAAAGCACUUGUUACAAUGGAAAAUCAUACCCUUGAAGAAGAGUUUGGGUGGCAAGGGAUCGGAGAAUAACAUUAGCAGAUAAGACCAACGCUCCAAGGCCAUUGAAGAAAUGAAAUUCGAAGAAAGGGUCGAUUUUCACUUUUGUUGAUAGCAAUCUGUAAUGAAUUGGUGACGGGAAAAGUUGAGAGGAAAAAGUGAUAAUUGGAGAUGUGAAGGGAAGAUACAGUAACCUUGAAGAAGCCAUUGAGGAAAAUUGAAUCGGCUUUUUAUAGGAGAAGUCGAGAUUAAAAACUGUUUUUGAGUUUGUAGCAACAACGUUGUUUAUCGUCAAGGUCGAGAGAUUUGGAGCUUAAGAUUUGUAAAAUGUAUGGUAGGAACUGACAGUUUUCAAGACGAACUGUUGUAAAGUUGUGACGCGGUGUUUGUCUCAACUCAUUCUCUGGUCUUUCCAAUUUUUUGUAGGUUACAUUUUGUCUAAUACCAUGGUGAAUUUUGGAUCCCAGACCCUAAUUCCUUUGCCAAUUUGUUUGCACUGCUAUAAGAUUACAUUUGCACUAUUACAAUCGGAAAUUUUCGCCGCUUUAUCCUGGGGGUGUUGCUCCCUCCAUUUGUCUCUUCACUGUAGAGACAAAUUUUUUGAAUUUCGAAGAAAAACGUGGAAAGGAAGCGUUCGUUUUUUUUUAUUUUUCUUUCGAGGACAAAGUGAACGCCAAACAAACAUUUGUUGGACGUCUCUCCAUCGAGUCCCUGAGUCUCUGCAUUUCACCGCAGAUUGUGAAAAGAAAAUAAAAGUUGAGCACCGUCUUACCAUAUGGCUGAGUAAUUCAAGUUUCUGGUGAAUGAAGAGUGCGGAAGCGCAGAAAUUGGCUGGCGAAAAAGGUCGAAAAAAAUCAGAUGUGGACAGGGAUGAAGAAAGGAUUAGAGCAUGAGCCAUCAAGAAGGGUGGUAGCUUCGAUAAGAGGCUCUGCAUGGUUCAGUUGAUGGCGUUGUAUGACGUUUUCUUGACGCCUGUGAGAAAAGUUGGGAUUAUGAAAAGCGGGUUUGGCCCCCCUCUUUUUGCAAUUGAAUAGUACAGUAGCACCAUUCCCAGAAAUGAUUACUUGCAACGCAUAAUAAUCGAAGCCAAGAAUUUGAAAUUCAAACCGCACACACACACAAAAGCGUCCGCUUUAUGUGUUUACAAGCGCCUUUUUUCGAAUGGAGUUUGUGAAUCAUCCGCACGGUGUUGGCUUCGAAUUUGCAAUUUGCACAAACAAACACUCUCUCCUCUUGGUAUUUUUAGCCGUUCCUGAUAAAGGCCGGAGAAAAGGAGUUUCGUUUAUUUAUACUGGGCCGCAUCCUCUCGGCGUUGGCGUAUUUUUAGAACAUAAUUGCUUCUCCGGGUGUCUUUCUUUUCUCUGAUAAUCAUUAAUGACGCCUCCUACAGAUUUGUAUUCCGGGUUUGGGGCUUUGUGUUACACGGCCUGAAUUUUGAGGGCUUCCUGCGUACGCCCCGAGAAAGCUGCCAUCUUUUGUCACCAUGCACACAAAAAGGCGUCUUAAAAAGUAUGAUAGUGAUGCGGUUUAAAACUCUUAUUUCCCAACUCCCAGAAAAGGUCUUAACUUUCCACAUGACUGCACAGAUUUUUCAAAAAAAGCUUGUCGAUUUGCGAUGGUUUCAAAGCCCGGCGCACGAGUUAUGUUCGGAGUUUGCCCGCCAUUUUCUGCAAACGUCGUGCCUUCCCAGAGUUUCGGAGUUCAACUUUUGACUCGGAAUUGGGUGUUUUGUCGCGCGGUUUAGGCGGGAGAUUCGGAUCGGUGCGCUUGCCCUUUAACGACGUUAACAGUGCAAAAAGAUGAGUAAUUUAUUGUGUCCGCGACCUUCCUUCCAGACGGCUUGUUUGUGUCUUCUGUCUGUCUGAGUUUUUUCGGAAAUUCUGGACUGGACUAAUGCCAAAACAAUUGCGGGCAGAUGUUCAGAUCCAUUCGAUACGCUCCAAGACGAGUAGGCCAGAAAAUUAAGAGCUCAAUUCCACCAAAAAUCACACCGCGCAGCUGGCCGGAAAUAUGCACAAAAAAAACGCGUUCGGAAAACCCUUUUUUUUUUGCGCAAGUGUUUUUUUUUGUCCGUGGAGAUUCAUGGCGCCAUCUGGCCCUCGAAAAAAAGAGGGGAGAAAGGGUUCCGGCAUCCGUUUCUACUCUCAUAAUGGUGCAAAAACCACUUAUUCCACGAAUGCCAAAAAUACCAGCGACAAAGCAAAAACUGCGGAAAUAUGUCAGCCUCAUUGACACGUCGUGUUUGCACAACCGGCGUCCUUUGUGUUAAAACCGCGCCGACUGGUGAUGCAAUCAACCCCCGAGUUUUAUGGGCACGGAGCCCUAAAUAAAAUUAUAUGGUGCAUAAUGUGAUUUCUCGAUUGGUUUUUUGCGCCGAGAUUGUUUUAAGAUUGUCGGGGAGUUUGGCCUUUUUCUCUCGUUUAAUGAUAAAACGAAACAAAUUAAACAAUGUGAGGUCCAGCCGGUGCGUUGGCGGAUAAAAGCCAGCAAUACGCGUAUAAAAGUGCGCUAGGAUUGUUAGUGCACCAUUCUGAGCAGCUCAUCUUGUCGGCGCAGUGUUUUUUGUUCCUCGGAGCUCCUCAAAAUGAUGUCAUCCAUCAAGUUCAUUGCCAAAUACGCAUUCGCCAUAUGCCUUUCGCUCUUAAUAACCCGCUGCAUGUUUUUUCCGAUCUUGCGUAAUAAAUUUUUACUGGUUUUUUGGUCGAUACCAUAAAUAUGUUGUAAAAAAGGCCCGAUUUGAUUUGAAUUUCCACAUUUUUUUUGCGCGCCAAAAAUGUUUUUAGAGUUGGCAUCCGAAUCGGCGGCCACGAUUUAGCAAUUGGUCCCAGAGACGGCUCCAUCUCACUCAGAAAUUUGUCGACAGGCUUUGCAAUUUAAAUUCGAGCGACCUUGCCACGUUAACAAUGAUGCUUGUUUGUUCUUGUUUAACUUAACCUUGAUCACUCUCCGCUUUCACGAUUUUUUCUACGCCUGACUUGUGCUGAACACACCAUUGUCGGCACACCUUUUUUUAAAUAAAUUGGCCGUUUCCCACUUAAAAAAGGAAUUUGGCGGUUUUACGGCCGUUCCGAGCCUGCUCACCAGUUUCUCGUCCCGGACUAAUGUUCACCCUCCGUUUUCACCUCUUCGCAUCUGUCUGUUUCCUCAUUGUUGUGUUUGCCAAAUGUUGUGUGGCAAACAUGGCGCUGUGAGUGAAGUCGAUGGAUCGUCUUGAGUACGCCGCAACCUUGCCUGUCGCCGCGACGCAUGCAACGAGGGCGGAGCCGCGACACGAAGCCCACUGCUGCUAUCACCGCGUCCCGCAGAACGGCGAUGGAGAUCGGGCAGAGAGCGAAAGGAAAACAAAGCGAAAUGUGAAUGGCGGGGCCCGGGCGGCGUUCAGUUCGAACCAUAACCCCCACUAACCCCUCUCGCCGUCCUUCGUUCGAUUCCUCACUGAUUCUGCGGCUCGCACCAGCCCCAUCGGAACAGUGCAAAGGCCGGCGACCCUCGCCUCGUUCACGUCUCCCCCUCUCGCACGGCGUCGGCCGCCGCCGCCGCUGCUGCCGGACGGUUUUUAAUCAUUCCAGCCGCUCUCGCUUGCAUUCACCCGCUCCCGGGUCCCCCCAUACCCGGGCCAGCCUGCCCAUCCGUCCUCCCCCAGAGCCAUUCAUUCACAUUGCCUGCCCUCUGACCUUUUCGGUCUUUUUGUCGGAACAGUGGUGGGACAGCGCUGAGGGGCAGACAGCACACUCCAUCACACGUCGCCCCAACGUUGCCCGGCCUUUUUUCUUACUCGCCGAGUGUGUUUUCUCCCCCCAGCGAAUUUCUCCGUCUUUCCCGUCGCCAGUUGUUCUUUUUUCGGCCGUUCUCUUUCUCUUUCCUUCGCCAACCUUGCCUUUGUUUCUUACGGCUCCGGGUUUCACGUAUUUUUUCCGCUUCUCCGUUUUUUUAUGCACUCAACCCGACCCGCCCGACCUGCCACUCAAAAUGUGGUAGACCAAAAAAAAUUGGGCGGUUUAUUGUUUCGCAAUAGACUUGGGGUGCGCGCAAUUUGCCACAAAAAGGGCCAUUAUGCCUGCAACGGCGAAGUUUGGCUCCGGUGCGCAAUUUCUGCAAUAUUCUAAACACCGUCGUUUGGACGACGGCCUUGCCGACACGUCAACGUUUUGGAGUCAUGUUAAAGUCGUCUCCGCUUCCGAUCCUUCAGCAAGCGGCCCGGCGCUUUAAGCCCCGCCUCUUGUCGCUGGUGGAUGAAUCGACGCGGCUUCUGACGUCUCAGUAGUGUCGCGAUAGGCCCAUAGCACUUCACGGACGGUCUAAAUCUGAUCCAGUUAGGGCCGGGCCUUUUAUUCCACCCGAAAUUGUUUGUUCUUAGACGGCCUCCCCCAACGCCGCUGACAAAACCACAUUUUUUUGUUUGGCAUCGGGUCGGAACACUUUCAGACGUUCCCCCUUCUCAUCCCAACCCCCAACACCACAUCGUUCCUGCCCUCGCUGGAAAAAAUUGAGCAUUUCCCUUUUUGCUUUUACUUCAAUUUUGAAGACUGCGAUUUUCUUUGACCUGAAGACGAUGUGAAAUCGGGCCUGUCUGAAAAUCCGGCCACGCUGAAAAUCCCGCUGGCGUUCGCCAAUGUCUGGGCCGGUUUAUCUUUUUUUGCCUCGUUUUUUGGACGCCGUUAGCCUGUUCACAGCACACCCGCUUGUGAAGGCCUUAAAUUCGUGGCGAAAAAGAAAGCGAAAAAGACGAAGCGAGAAAGUGAAGGUGGGGACCGGGGGACAUAUCGUUUUUUCAUCACGGACUCUUCAUCCCUCACGCCCUCCUGUUCCCUCGCCGUCCCUGAUCGUCGGGUGCAGGGCCGGCCGGCCGCCGCUCCAGCCGAACGGGGGGAAAAGAAGGCGUGGGGACGCGAAGGCCGGCGCAAAGACGAAGGGGUCGUUCCAACUUUUUGCAUUGCCGUUCCCUUUUUGCUCCGGCCGUUCCGUCUUCCUUCUUUUCCAUCCAUUUUUUCAACUUUUUCGUCUUUCCAGUCCUCCAUCGUCAGUCUCGAUUGCAUGGUCUGGGGCUGAGCAUUUUUAUUCCGAACGCACUGUAAAAUUUUUAUCUGCGCUUGGCUCUGAAAGCUGUGCAGAAUCGAAAAUUCUGCUUCUCGAACGUCGACUUCCCAUUAUUUUUGUUGUCUUUCCGAGACUGUUUACAUUUUUUUGUCUCUUGUAAUUUGAGAAAUACGCAAGAAAUUUUUGGAAUUUUUUAUUGGAUUUUUGAUUGUUAUUCUCUUGCUGUCAGUGCUCCUCGCCGAUUGUCGUAGUUGUGAAAUCGCUGAUGUUGAGUCCAAAAAAAGCGAAAGUCUUUGCCCGCGUGAAAAGGUUUCGAAAUUGGGCCAUAAUUUUUGAUGCUGAAUAAUACUGAAGUCUCCUGCUGUUUCUGUAUGCUAAUCAGUCAUAAAAUACUCAUCUAAUCGUAAAGCCCACAUUACUUUUAAUUUUGUAGUCCUCUUCUCGUAUGUUUCCCCAGUGUGACCCCCAUUCCUCCUGUUGCGAAACGAACGCAUUAGGCACCUGCAGCGCGCGAGAUUGCGCCCUGACCCGCGUUCAGAGAUCAUUGAGCUUUCGGGGACGACAGAUCUCGUUAAGCUGAGAUAUUUGUUCAGUCGGGGGCGAUGACGCAAUACCGGCAGCAGCAGUGCCGAAGCAUUUAUUGCAUCACGGAAAGAUGCGAAUCUCAAGAAAUUCACGGGGGUCUUAAUGGGCGUUCUUGGGUAAAUUCUCUUGAGCUAUAAGGCGUUGUUUUGAAAAUUGUUUUGAGGCCGAAGUUGUUGUGAGCGCACGGAGUCGGUGACCUUUCUCCCCGAGUAUAGCAGAAAAAGGAUAUUGCUUUCAAUCAUCAUUUUCCUUUCAAUUUAUUGCCGUGGAGCACAUUUUCCACUGACUGUUCUUUUCAGCCAGCCGGUCUCGAACAUCGUCCCGUUUUUUCUACGAUUUUUUUGCUGGUUUUUCUGCUCCUUAUCCCUCCAGUGCUUUUUGCGCUGUUUUUUGCAUUCGGCCUUGUGUGCGUUUGGCAUUCGCGGGCAUUCAUCUCAGUCACCUCUCGACAGUUUUGACAGGUUUGCGCUGGGUGUUUUUUUGUUGUUCGCCCUACCUCCCUCACCCCUGGGUCUCGCCCACCUCCACCCGUAAUAUCUAGAUGUGCGUUGGGUGGGAGAACGGAGUGCGGAACUGGGCGCAAAAAAAUCGCCGCCCGGGAACGCAUUCGGCAUUCGUAAUGGCCAUUCGCCUCCUUCAUUCGGAGUGGGGUUCUCGUCGGGGGUUUGCGUUUUUUGUGCAGCGCGGGAACACCGAAGAAGAAUGAAUGAGUUGGCAGCGGGGCAGAGGGUGGCGACUUUGAUCGGAUCCCAGCCAGUUUUUGGCAUUUCUCGCUCCGCACCAUUAUGUUGGAUGGUGGGGUGCGGUAUGCGGUUGUCCAGAUUAUGGUAGUAAGCAGUACAUGGCUGUGACUGUAAGGGUGCGACUCCUUGAGGUUCAAACCAAAGAUUUUCUGUCUGUUUGCCAGUUCAAUCGAGGCCCAGAUCAAUCAGUUUUUGUCUUAUUGGAAACUUCCUCGGCCCCGAGCAAUUCAUCACUCUCUGUGUUUGUUUGGGAUAGUCUUGUUUUAUCUUUGAUUUGUGAUUCUGUACUCCGAUUCGAUCUUGUCCUUUAGGUUGGACUAGUAAUCAACGACUGUGUAUGUGGACCCGAACAUGGCUUGUCGGCGCAGGUGAAAGACAUGGGUAGUGAGACGCUUUGCGGGUUCGGCAUUCCGUCGGCAUAUUCCGCUCGCCCUUUGAUGGUCGUGUCACUAUUCUGUUUUUCGCCCGCUCCGUCAAUGUCUUUGGGCUCUGGUUUUUGGUCUUGUUCCAAUUAUUUUUUCCGGGUACACUUCUUCUUCUUUGGUCUUAUACCACCUUUAGUCUUUAAGACCAGAACUCCGUAUCGCUUUGCCUAUAUUUGGAAGUUGUACACAGUUCGCAGCGGUUUUAAUUAGCAUUGCAUGCGGGUUUUACAACAUGAACUACAGAAAAGAUAUUUUGGAGCGCCGGAAGCGUUCUUUGGUUGACAUUUAGCCAUGGGUUUGGUGGAAGCUCCCCGAAAUGCCAAUGAUGUUGUUAUUUUAUUCCAUGCACUCUUCAAACGCCUCGAGAGUAAAUAGCAAAACGUAGAUACAAAAAGUGCGGUAUUAGCGAGUUCAGAAACACCAGUAGUAGAGACUUUCGACCUCGGAACAUCCAUGAGAACGUCAGCCUCCUAAUUUGGCACGCCUUUUCGUACGGAACCCGGCGCUGACUCGUCGCUGUACAUAAAGUUUCCUUUUUCGGUCGCUCGUAUCUCAUCGAAAUCCUGUCAAAAUUGGGCCAAAAAUAAAGUCGGUAGUACGUUUCGGAGCCGCCCCUCCUCCUCUCUUCUCUCCUCUCGUCACUCCUUAUCAGCCGUAUCCGCUUUGCUCCGUUCCAUGUCCUUUUAAAACGGGGUUGUUUUGCGUCUCCAGCAGCCUUUUGCACUCUUAUUUUUUUUAUGCCAAGUGGGAGAAAAAAUAAAGCCUCGCGGUGGGCGCAUUCAUGCCGUAGUAUAUUUAUUCUUGUCGUUGGCACAAACAAAGAAGAAAGAAAAGCAUAAUAAACACACAAAAAAAAAAACAGAAGGAAUAUGCAUACACGCAAAUGAAAAGUGAAAGUUUAAGUUUGAAAAAAACAAGGAAGCUAAACCCGCGGUGACGAAUGAUCGCGGAGAAUCAGUCAUUGGAGAUUGAGUCAUAUUCGGACGGGAUGAUUCUAAAAACACAAAGUAAAUAACAGAAAAACAUUCUAAUCAUGAGUUGCAUUGGAGAUUCGGGGAAGAGUUUGACGAUGGAGUUUGCAGGAUUUUGCGAAAGAAAUGAUUGUAUUGAUAGAAGACACGGUAAGAUGAAUAAUGAAUGUGUUGAAAUACAAAUUUAUAAAUGUCGUAUUUUUGUGUUUCCGGGUAAUCUUGGCUCCUGCCAAAAUUACCACUUGUAGGGAUACGCCGUAAAACCACAGCCUUUAAUUAUCAUUUUGGUUACGCACAGUGAGAUUUGGGCCUCGGAGUAAGUUACACAACGUAUAAUUAAGGCUUGUUUCAUCCGUCCUCUCAUUACGUAAUCCAAUUUUAAAUAGCCAGGUAUUACCUCGAAUUCUUGUGAAAUCCCAUCCAAAAAUAAGUUUAUAUGUUGUCGGACUAAAGAUAUCUUUGUUUCGUUUAUACUCAUGAACUCCUACCCAACCGUACCUUGAACUUUCGAUUUCGUGAGCCUAACUCGUCAGAGAAUGCAUAAAAAGUGAUGUAAUACGCUGGAGGUGCACGUUCGCCGUCGUUUUUGCGCACUUGUUGUUUGCGGUUUGGUGUUAUUGUUGAGUCCUGUACGUAUUGAACAACACAAACACACAUCAUCCAAGUGUUCAGUUAAUAUUAAUUUUUGGCUGUUUUUGGAUUAUGUCAUACAGUGGUACAGAAUUUGAGAGCCUUUGUAUGACUAGUUUGAGAGAUUUAAAGUGUCGAGCUGAGAGAUAAUUAUGAGUAACCUGAGAGCUCCUAAAUGGCCCACCUACAUGUCCGCGUGACUGUGCGGUUAAUUCGGCAAGUGUACAGCCAACACGUACGUAAAGUAUUUCAAAAAGUUGGAAAUCGAAUUAUGGUCUGUGCAGUGAGGAGGAUACGAAAGAAUACAGGUGUGAAAUACAAUUAUAAAACCCCGAAAAAAAGGGGGAACGCCGCAUGUGUAAUGCAAUCUUUGUGCUGCGUAAUUAAAGACACGGGGAUUAAGGACGGAUUAUACCGACUAUUUAGGGCUUAUAAAGUCACAAUCAUGAAGGAUUAGGUGCAUCGUAGAAGUCGUUCAGUUCUUGCAUUUGGAAAUUGAUGAAAUUUGAGGAUUUUGGCUCUCUUAUCCGGGCCAAUGGAUGGAAAAGAAUAUGGAGAGAUUAGUGGAAAUUGUUUGUAAAAACUUGUAAGCUUUAUGUUGAAAGACAAAGUAUGUUGCGAUGCAAAUUAUAGUAACGAAUUGAAUAGUUAAUGGUGAUGAAACUGUGUUACAACUACUGAUUGGACAACUGAACCGAAGAACUUUGUUUUGUACGAAAUGAUUGAAAAAAUAGGCCCUGAUGAAAUUUCAGCAAUAUUACAGAGGGAGAGGAUAUUGUAAAAGUUAUUUUUGCUCACUUAAUGUGGUCUGGAUGCAAAUGACAGCUCCAAGAUCUUCUUUGCACGUCAAACUGCUCAGUUCGUCUUCAUAAUUAAACCGGCGUCUGUUCUAUUUCCGCCUCUAAUUCGAAUGCCGCCGAAAAUUGAGGUCUUGGCAAUUUUCUCGGCCCUUUUUGGUAAUGAACCGCAACCCCCGAGGAACCGCAAUACAAACAGCUAAAUAAGGUUUCAUUUUAAUUUGGCGGUCGGAGUCGUGUGGUGCGACCGCGCAAUUCUUAUUUUGGCCGUCUUUGAUGCUCUGGUCGUUGUUUUUGGUUGAUUUGAUGCCAAGUCUUGUCUCAUUUUUCUUGAAAAGGGUUGAAGAAAAGGAUAAAUUUGCAUUUUUGGUACUCUCAACGGUGGAGCCUUUCAAUAAGGGUUUUUUAUUCGAAGAGUUUCUUCAUUUCCUAGCUAGAUGACUUUGAUUUUCUGUAAAUCGAAAAAUUUUGAGUUGACUCUCGAAUCGCGGGACAUCUCACUCGAUAAUUGCAUUGUCUUGCAGCUUUCUGUUGAUGGCUCCAAUUGCCAGAAACUUUGUUAUAGUUCAUCGGACUUGUUCGUGCUCGGCGAUUCGCGUUUUCCUCUCGCGCCGGCCACGCUAUUUUUGGGAUUUUCGCGAAAUGUUGUUCGGGCACUCGCCCCCCGAAAACAUUUUUAUUCAUUUUCCUGUUUGUGGCCCCAUUGCCGGCGGCUCUUUCUCCGCAGAAUUCGCAUUCUUCUUCUUCGUCUUCCCUCCACCACCCUCGUCGUCGUCCGUUUUUGCGGUCCCCCUGUUUUUCGCGGCCGCGGAGGACGGCGGCCCGCGAAAAGCGCUUGGAUUAUGCAAUGUUUUUGAGGGGGGAAUGAAUGCAAAAGGCACUUUAGGGUAUUUCGUGCCGGGUUUUCUCGCCGCAAAGGCAAUGCGGACGGAUUUGUGUGUCCACCGACUUGAAUUGGGGGAUUUGUGCGGGUGGGACUUGGAGUGGACUCGAAAUUGAUGAACAUUUGACUCAAAGGCUGGUUGUUUCGUCUUGUUUCGGAAAGAAGUACAUGCACUUUUGGGAAUCGUGGCUCCUCUUGGAAGGCUUUGUUUUGUUUCGAAACUUUUUAUUGAUUUCCGAACAGAUCUAUUGAGUGUGGCUCGCUCAUCUGGGUGUCAGAUGUUUUCCGGCCUUGUUUUCGUCGGUUAGCUCGAAUAUUUUUUGGCCCCUUUUUAAAGCGAGCCUCUUUCUUGUCUUUUUUCGAAUACCAUCCAUUAGCUCUCAUUUUAAUUUCCAACCCUGCGUGUGUCGGUCAUGCCUAGUUGACUUCGAAUGUUUCCUUUUGUUGAUGUCAUGUGGCUCUGUUUCAAUUUGAGAUUUCGGAUAAUUGCAAAAUCGAUUUUUGCCAGAGAAAGGAAUGUUUGGAGAGGUGGUGAGCGGAAAUUUACGAGCGGUUCUCUAAAAAUACUUUGUUUAUGACAAGUCUGACCAUAUUCCUUGGGCAUUCGGCCCGAAUGGUCCUUCCGACAGGGGGUUUUUCGUUGUUUUUGUUGUUUUCUUCCGAGCCCAUCAUUCUUAACACCACAAUUUUUCUCGGCCAUAUGCUCAUGUUGCCCUCUGAUUGUGUAAUCGGCCUUGGCCGCUCUCUGUUGGCCCAAACUCUUCAUUGUCUCAUUUUUACCCGGUUUUACAACCCGCGCCCCUCCUCGCUCGCCGCGCUUCUGCCAGGCCUCCAAUUUAAUGUCGUCGGACCGGGCGGAAAAAUGAUGGGUACGAGUGGGGUUAUGGCCCGGAGUAAGGGUAGGGGAAAGGCACUUUUGUUUUGUCUCUCUGUUUCAUUUGGGCCCCGCAAGAGUUUUAAGCUCCGGAAACUGGCCGGUUUCGCAAUAGGCCAUGAAAAAAGUGGAGUUGUGCCCAGGAAGCACGACAUGGAUAUGUCACAAUUAAAAUUGUCUCCGUUUGAAAGGUUGUAAACUGCAGUUUCGGCGUUUUUAAAUGUUUGGGGGAUGUUUAGAAUACUGUAGCUUUUGAUAUAAAAGGCAUUUUGAAUGGCUUGACUCCUUGGAUUUGCUGAAAUCGUCUUGAUUGAUCAGUUUUUAUCUCCCUAGAGGAUUCGUCUUCUAUAAUAGUGGUAAUUUUACUUUGACGAUUUUGACAUUUUCUUCAUAGACUGAAGGUCGUAUCUCCAGUAGCGUUCGGAGGAUUUCACUCAAAUCAAUCACGUACCUGACUUUUGAUAACACUAGUCUGCACCUUGAGCUCGUAAAUCUUGACUCCUAAGUCUCAUUGAGAGAAGUCCAUUCGUCUUUUCUUCGGCCGCCACAGUUGCCCCUCUUACUAAUCGCUCCUGACUUUUCUCAUUAUUUUUAUUCAGACGAAAGUUUGCUUUUGAUUUGAUUGAGAUUUUUGGAUGUUCGUAGAGGUAACUAAAGCCUUUUGAUUGGAUAUUCUUGUAGAGAUAAGAAGUCUGGGGAUUGAGCAUGGGAUUUUUUGAAGAUCGUAGUUGAUCAUUUUGUGAUAAAAGUUGUGGGGAACCAAGCACAGCCAUGGAUCUUCUUCGAUCGGUAAAAAGUUUGAAAAGGGAAUCCAGAAAACCUCGAAUUUGGUAUCAAAAAGUAUUGGAGAUACUCAAACGGUCUCUGGAAUACUUUUUGAUGCCAAAUCUGUGGUUUUGUGGAUUUCUUUUUCGACCUGUUUUGUCGAUCGAAGUAGAUCCGGAGCCGUGCUUGUUUCCCACAUCCUUUGUCACAGAAUGAUCGACUACAGUCUUCCAAAAACCCCAAAAAAUACCAUGCUCAAUCCCCAGACUUCGAUCUCUACAAAAAUGUCUAAUCACAAGGUUUCAGUCAUCUCUACGAUUCGGCAUUUUUUGUUUGAAAAUGUUGCCGUUGUCGGGAGUUGGGCCGUUCUUUCUGAGCUUACGCUUUUUCAAGGACUACAAAGUACCUUUCUUGUCUUUGAACCUAAAUUCCUGACCUUUCGUCAUGAUCGGGAGCGUUAACGGCAGCACUUCACUUUCGGACCUCAGUGCCCGUAAAGUCCAGGGGAAUUUGUCACUUUUGUCCGCCCCACGUCUUUCCUCUCCCUAAUGUUCUCGCUACGGGAGGGCAGGAGGGUGCCGUGUUUUUUCCGCGAGAGCAGCAGCCGGGCCCGCGUCAGUUGUCGGGCCUCAUUUGAAUGGAUUUUAAGGGGGAUUUGUUCGGCCCCGCUGGGGUAAUUGAUCACUCAUUCAGUGUGCACUCUAAUCCGCUUUGUUUUAGUUUGGAGAAGGUGGAUUUGAUUGGGCUAUUAGCAGAGUUUUCUCAGAGGUUUUGGCCUUGAAACAGUAGUGUUGGACUUUUAGUAUCAGAAAGUUGUGGAGAUUAGUUUUUUGUUGAUGUUAUCCAUGUCUUUUUCUCGUCUUCUGAGAUGUUCUUGGGUCUUGUGAGGUCUUGGCAGUGCUGGAAAUUCGGAACUGAUACCUACAUGAUAUUGUUACGCUAUAUUGUGAACUACAAAAAAAAAACGCACGACUGAACGGUCUGUCAAAGUGGAAGUGAUUUGCCGCUGUUGAAAGUAUGGGUCCAUAUCACAGCCAGCUUUGAUGUACCGUAAAGUUUUGCGCAGAAUGGAACAUAAUGAAGUGAAAAUUUGAAUUUGUGAAGUUUUUAAUGGUGAAAAAUUUUUGGUUUUUAAGCAGAAUUUUAUCGAUUUUUAGAGAAAACGGCACAAAGUAAGGUCAAGGAAAUGAAAAAUUUUAAAGUUUUUGAAAAAUUUAGAUCGGAAUUUACUGAUUUUUGUAGCCAACCAGUACCAUUUUUUUCGGAAAAAAAAUUCUGAAGAUCUCGCCGGAGGGUCCCAAAUUUGAACUGAAAUUCAUAAAAGUUGAUCUAAAAGUUUUAUUUUGGACAGGUACGGAAAAUUUUAGAAAAUUUUCACCAAAAAAAAUAAAAAAUAAUAAAAUUUCCUCCAAAAAUUCGAAUCCAGCAGAAAUUUUUACCUAAAAGAAGGUAUGAACACUCAAAUAUUUGCAGGUCCUAUGUUUUGUCGCCAAUCAGAUCGACAUCUACCCCAGAGACUGGGCCUACGCCCAUUUCUUGGCUCAAUUCUCAGCGUUCUUCGCUGAUGACAGCUGCGUAAUCCGCAAACUGUCCCUAUCAACGAUGGGCGCGCUGGCAAAAAGAUUUGGGCAAACCUUCACGGAACGCUGCCUCGUCCCACACCUACUCAGAGCAAUAAAUGACACAAAUUCGAGGGUCCGAAUCGCAUGCGCCGAGGUUUUUGUGGACAUUUCGACGAAUUGCUCGGUGAAAAUAAGAGAAAAUGUCUUGGCACCGAGCUUUUUGAAGCUCCUGGAGGAUAAACAACGAUUUGUAAGCAGGUUUAGGAGGAAAUUUAUUGCUAGGAAGAGGUCUGAGUGGUCUGCAAGGGUCUUUGAAGAAAAAAAUUGUAGUGAUUUAGAUGAAAGGUUGGUGAAAAAAUCAAAUUUAUGAGGUUUUUAGGGCUUGUGAAGAGGUUUAGACUGCUUUUGAUGAGAAGUUGGGGAUUUUAGUUACCUUUUAUACUAAAUUUAUAUUACUUUAGGUGGAGUAAAGGAGAAAUAAGUCGAUUUUUAGGUCCAUAUGUCAUCGUCAUCCCAGCUAGGUCCGAUUAUUGCAACCUUUGCUGAGCCACGAAGGACUGGGUUGAUGAUAAAGGACGGUCAAUUGGAGAGUUUGAGCCCAAAAAGGUCACCGAAAAAAGUGUAAGUUUAGGUGAUGGAAGGGUAAAAUACGGAGAGGUGUAAUGGCUGUAUCUUUGAAUUUGGCGUGGAAUAAGGGUAAAAUACGAGAUGGCGAGUCUAUUUAUGAGCUCAAUUUGAAUUGUAAAGGACUUUUUUGCCUAACAAGGAGAGUACUUUUAUGGGGGCUCCUACUUUUUGACGGGACAUAUCUCAAAAAAUCAGAAAAAAUGUGCUGAUCAAGGAUAUAUAAAUCCUAGCUGCCCAUUUUAGGUUUUUAGGGGUGAAAAUGCCCAAAAACUGGCUUAAUUUCCCUACAAAAAGCGCAGGCAUUCGAAACGAUAAAAAGCGCAGUCGGUCUCUUCCUUCGGAAGAGAGCGGUGUGGCCGAGUGGCUAGUGCCGUAGUCUGGGAGUCAAGAGGGGAAUGUCGCACGGGUUCGGUUUCCCUUUUGGACUGAAUCAACUUUUUUUGAAGAUGAAGGUCGGAAAAAUAAAUUUUUGUGCCAAGACUGAUUUAUUACGUCUUAGAAACUCAAUAAACAUAAUUUUAAGCCAAAAUAAAAAUUGUAAACCUGUGAAAAAUCAAGCGAAAAGGGGUUCAUAUAGGGCUUUAAGUCAUCUUCCGAUUGAGUUUUCACCCCUAAAAACCUAAAAUGGGCAGCUAAGAUUUAUAUAUCCUUGAUCAGCACAUUUUUUCUGAUUUUUUGAGAUAUGUCCCGUCAAAAAGUAGGAGCCCCCAUAAAAGUACUUUCCUUGUAAAAAGGAGCAUGUCCAGGGCGCGAGCUGCCGAAUUUUUCAAAAUUAUUUUGGUUGUCUAUUGCUAAAAAAUUUGGGGAAAUGGAACAUCUCUGGUUGAUUUAUAGACAAUCUCUGUAAAAUUCACGCAAAAAUUUGCCGAUUUUUUGCCGAAAAAUUUUCAAAAAAUUUUUUUGUGUCUAGUGUAAGAUAAUUCUGAAGUUAAAACUGGGCUUGAAAUUGAGUUUUAGUUUAUUUAUAAGCUCAAACUACCCGAAAAUUUCGGUUUGAGCUUCCGCGACCACGUGAUCUGAUCUUCGCCGACGGAAAUUCUAAUUCGAUUUUCCAAUGUCCUCUCAAUCGUGUAAAAUUCGAACGGAAGACAACGGAAAAUUGGUGAUUUGAAUAGUUUGUUGGCUUUGAAUUUGAUUGUCAUCAUGUUUCCGACUCUAACUUUUGUUUUGGAAUAUGCGACAGUUAUUGUCACAGUGAUUUUUGUGGGCUAUGUAGCGUAGUAGGUUGAAAAAUUUGAUUUGGAAUUGAAAAAAUGGGAUUUUUUGGGAUGGAAGAUUACUGUAUUUAACGAUUUUUAGCACGAUUCCGGAGGAGAAAGACGAAAAAAUCAGUGAUUCCUCGUCAGAUGGCUCUGAAGAGCCGGAAGAAUCUCAAAAAGACACGAGCACGGAGGAGUUUGACCUGGAUGAGAGUAUAAACGAUGAUAAAGCGGAUCUACAGAGGCUUUAUGACGUCCCGGAUGGUAGGAAUUUAGAAUUUGAAGUGGUUGGAAUUAGGGUUUUUAAUCAAUUUUUUGAGGUUUUAAAAAGUGAACUUGGUGGCGAAAAAAUAUUAUUUCUCAUCGAUUUACAGUAAUUUUGUCUCCAUUGCACUGUACAAAGAAAACAUUACACAAAAAUUUGCACGAUGCGAGGAAAAUAAAUUCUCAGAUAGGUCUCUCAAGACCCUAGACCCUCAGAUUCUGAUGAAACUUGACACAAAUUUUGUGAUUGAGAUUUUCUAAGACAUAUGCGAGAUUUUAGCUCUGGCAUUGUAGAAAAAAUUGAGAUUUUUUGGUCGAAAAUUGCAAAAAAUUUGAACAUUCUUCCUUGAGAUUUUUAGGGUGAAGAUUGGCAUCCAAUUUGAAAGGUGGUAUAAAGUGUUUUUGCACAAAAAUUUGGAUUUUUCUUAAUUUUUUGACAGAGACCUUUACCUCCACACUUGAAACAAAAUGCCAAUUUUUCAUCCUGAAAAUUUCAAAGAAGAAUGUUCAAAUUUUUUGUAAUUUUCGACCUAAAGAUCUUAAUUUUUCCUACAAUGCUCGAGCUAAAAUCUCGCAUGUGUCUUGGAAAAGCUUAGUUUAAAUUUGUGCCAAGUUUGAUCAGAAUCUGAGAGUUGGAACUGGAGACAUUUUCCUGAGAAUUUAUUUGUCUCGUGCAAUUUUUGGUGUAAUUUUUUCUUUGUACAGUGCAAUGGAGACAAAAUUACUGUCAGUCGAUAAGAAAUAAUAUUUUUUUUUUUUUUUUUUGGAGUUUUCGGAACUUCUCACCGUAGUUUUUUGGCGAUUUUUUGAGCUUCUAAAAAAAUUUUUAGGGUUUCACCUGCCCGAUGCCCCAAAACCCCAACCCCGGGUCCGAAAUUACUCAGCCUCCUCGGUGUCGUCCGUAGACUCGGAGAACAGCAUCCUCACGGCGUCUCCCAACUUCCGCGACACCUCUUCCACGGGCUGGACCCGCGUGAAGAAUUACAAACAAAGAAAUUUGUUCGAUGAGGAAGAGAAAGCCGAGGAAAAACAGGACGAAGACCCUCAAAUGUUCACACUCAAGCGUUGGCCAUACGAACCGGGCAAGAAUUUGGUGUCGUUGAAUGACCCAGACUUUUGUCUGGACGAUAUUAUGAGCGAAGACUUGGAUCCGAACGGUAUGGACGCGGCUUUGGACAAGUUCGCAGCGGAAAUGGGGGCAAAAGAGGGAAAGGACGAGGAAAAUGAAGAUGAAAGGUGAGAUUUGAAACGAAAAACUUCGUUCUUCCUUCUAGGAGGAAGGUGUGAUAGAGCUUGUGGUUGGGGUUGGAAAGUACUGUAGAGUUUUUGGAUUAGAAAAAAUUGGGUGCAAAAAAAGGAUUUUUGGGCUAAAUUUUUGAGUUUUCGUUUUUUUUUUUUUUUUUUUUGAGAUUUGGGGAUUGCUGAGGAUGAUAAAGGUUUUAUUGACUGUCACGGAAGGCUAGAUGAAGUUUUUUUUUACUAUUUUGAACUUGUUGCACUGUGCAAAAAAAUUUGAAAAAACGCACUAAAAAUUGAUUUUUUUUCUUAUUUUUGAGAUCUCUGUGGUGAUUUAUUUUUUGCGGUUUAAACUUGAUUUUUUUCUCAAAAUUUGUGAUGAAGUUGUCGGAAAAAUUUUUAGUUUUUUUUUUGAUUAUCUCGUUGUUUUAUUUUAGUCUGUCGGGAAAAUAAUGUGGAUUUGUCGCAGAAAAAUAUCUCGCCUUGCCGGAGUAGCCCACUAAAUCUGCAACCACGGCAAACCGUCGCAACGCGAUGAUGGGCGAUUUGAAGGCGCAACAAAUCCACAUUAUUUUCCCGACGGAUUGGUAAGGUCUCUCGACUGUAAAAAUCGUGGGAUAUCUGGGCUGCGAUUUCAAAGCGCAGGCUAAAAAUUGUUGGGGUUGGUUUAUGGUCCAGAUAGGGCAUGUAUGCAAAAUUUGAAGAAAUUUGGAACGUUGAACUUGGAGAAAUUUACAAAACAAAAAAAACAAGUAUUCAAAAAAAAUUUUUUUAUUUCAUGAUUCACAGUGAUUAUCGUUGAUAUCAUUGUUGUUUUUGCGGUUUUUGACCCCUAAAUGUUCGACGUGCACUAUGAAAAACUAAAAAAUAUUAUAAUUGCAGCAAUUUGAUUUCUUUUUUCCCCCCAAAAGUAGCAGUAAACACUCUAAUCCGAGGGCCAGAACACUCUCAGAAAUGUUGUUUUCCAUCGGGCUUUGACCGUAGGCUGCUGAGAGGCACCGAAACCGAUGAGCAGCGGUUUCUUUUGCGGCCCUCCCGAGGGUAAUAACAGAUGGAUGGCUCGAGGAGGGAUUUUUUACGUUUUUACGGAAAUUUCGAGUUGAUGAUGACGAUUUGAAAGAGGUUUUUUGUACUUUUUAGUGUUUUCAGAUGGUGUUUUGGAUAUAAAAUGGUGAAUCAGGGGGGUUGAAGGAUUUUGGAGGAUUGAAAUUGAGUUUUUUAGAGAUUUUUUGGGUGAGAAUUGUGAUUUUUUGGAAUUUUUGGGAUUUGCGGGGUUUUUUUGAUUUUUAAGGGUGUUUUAGCUGUUUGAUUAUGCGAAAAAAUAACAUUAGAUUGCUGAACGUGUUUUACAAAAGGUUUUGAUUUUUUUGAGCGGAACUUUUAGGUAAAAUUGAUACUUUUUGAGAGUUUUUGUUCAAAAAAUUUUUUUUUAUUUUUAUUUUAUUUUUUUUUUUUUUUUGAUUUUAUAGGUUCUACUAUGAAUAAAAUUCCCCUGAUCGUAUUUUACAAAUUUAUUUUUGUUUUUUUUCAGUGACAAAAAAGGAAAAAAAAAUAGAUUUUUUCACUUUUAUCGGCAAUUUUUUUUUUGAUUUUUUUCAAUUUUUUUUCAAUUUUUCCCCCGACAAAUGUCUCACUCAGCCACUGAAAUCCAAUAUCACUGUAUUUUUUUCUCGCCCUACUAUCGUUUUCAUAUCAGUUAUCCCGUUUUGAGAUCAGUCUGGCCCGUCAAGCCCCCUCCGUCCAUCUGGCCCCCGUUUUUCCCCCGGUUUUUCAUCCCAAUUUGAUUGAAAGUUAAUGCCGCCGUCUUGUCCAGGGUGAACGUCUCGUUUUUUGCGGGCCAAAGAAACGUCGGCCAUGAGUUUUUUGCCAUUGUUACUAAAAGGCAGACGUUUUUCGAGUAUUUUUGGAACUUUUCGAGGUUUUUUCUCUCUUAAUUGGCUUAAAUGCGAUUAGAACGAGGAAUUCCAAGAAUCAGCCGAGUUGGAUUAGACAAAGGAGGAAAAACUGCAAAGAAAUUCGGGAAAAAUGAAGAUAUUUUUAUAUUGUAGUAGGGUUUGCUGAGAAAAAGUGGAAUUUUGAAGGGAAAAUUGGAGUUGAAAUGAAAUUUCUCGUUGUUUUUGGCUUCAUGUUAGUCUGGUUUUUGGAUGAGAGAAAUUUUGAAGAUAAUUUUUUGGUGCACAAUAGUUUUUUUCAAAGUUUUGUGGACUGCACUGUGCAAAAAAUUUUUUUCGAAUUUUUUUGAAAAUGAAGCUGAAAUUUUGAUUUUUUCAGAAUCCCAAUGGUUGAUGAGCCCUCUGCCAACGCUCUGCAGGAAAUUUCGAACUCGUAAGUUAUUAUCUUACUGUAGUUUUUGGCCAAAAAAGUGAUUGCACUGUGCGAAAAAUUGAAAUUGAAAAAUCGGCAAAUUGCGAUUUUUUGGAUGGUUUGGAAAGUUUUUUACUAUUUUUUGGAGAAUUUCAGACCGUCUAGUCCCGUCCCGCGUCUGAAUUUGGACGAAAUUUCACCUCCGGACUUGAAUAUUCAAAUUUCGGAGGACGAAAAAACGGAAGAUGAGAGGAAUUCGAAUGUCUCCGGGAAAAACCAGACCCCAAGACCGACUUCAUUGUUUGACGAAGAGCCUGAGGAAGCGGAUAGUAGCCAGAUAAAUUACUGGUCUUUCGAUGCUGAACUGGACUUUGAAGAAGUUCAACGGUACAUCCAGAGGAGUGAGAACUUGAAUAAGGCCAAUUCGAUGCAAAAUGAUGACGAAUUGAAUGGGAAUUUGGUUUCUGAGGUGAGCUAUAAGACUGAGGAAGAGGAUUUGAGGGUUUAUUUGGAUUUUUUUUUGAUUUUUUGAUGAAAAAAUUGAAAAAAAAGUAAAAAAUCGGCCAUUUUUGAGGUUUUUUUUUGAUUUUAGGUAAUAACUUGAAUUUUUUGGCAAAUUUUUUGAUUUUAAGUCUAAAAAAUUAUCAGUGAUGCUUUGAAAAGCAAAAUUUUUUUUAUUUUUUUCAUUAUGCCCUUAGGAAAUUUGAGAUUUUUUGAAUUUUUUUCGAUUUUUUUUUAAAAUUUUGAUGAAAGUCGUAUUUUAGAAGCCGACAGAACCCCAAGAAACGCUGUAUGACACUGCAUUCCCUCCGAUUGGAAUCUCGAAUGGCCAGGAAUCGUCUUCAAAUGACAAUUCCAACUCAAAUUCACCGACCAAAAGGUCAUGGGCGGACGUGGUCCGAAGUGGAAACGACGAGGAGGUAUGAAUUUUGCUUGGGGGUAAAAAUGGGAUUUUUAGAGAAUUUGAGAAAUAUUGAGGCCUGUUUUAGGUGACUACAAAAAAUUUGGAAGCCAUUUUUGAGAUUUUUUAGCUAAAAAUUGCCAUUUUUGGCACUUUUUUCCGGUUUUUUGUUUAUUUUGACGAUUUGGCAAGGUCAAAUCGUAUUUUUAGAAUGUUGAAAUUUAGUAACAGGUGUGUUAGAGGUCAUAAUAAUAAAGCCUGUCAAAAAUUUUCCCCGAUUUGAAGCCUUUGGAGCUGUCAUUACAUUUAUUUUGACGAAAAUUUGUAAAAAAUCUUGAUUUUAUGACAGAAACGCCUCAAAAAACUUCUGGCUCAGGAAGUUUGACUAUUGUUGGCCGGCACCUUGAGCCGCGACCAGCCAUAUCCGAUAAGAAAACUGACAGAUUAUGUCAAUUUUGACGCGCUUUACCCCAGAUUUUCCGUCUCGAAACAACAAGAUUUUUUUUGCAAUGAAUUUGAAAACAAGUUCUGGACGGAGGCGAGAGCAGUGGAGGUGAAGCAAAAAGGUAUCACUGAGGCGAUCAUGGUCCAAUUUUUAUUAUGGUAUGGGAUUUGGGAGUUUAUUUUAGAGUUUUGGAGUUGGCAGCUCGCGCCCGAUGAAAUUAAAUUUGGUGGAAAUUGAUAAAAAAAAACUUUUUAAGUGAAGCCAAGGGCUUUUGUUGAGUAUUUUAUAACAUUUUUUUGGAAAUUAAAAAAAUUUUGCGAAUGUUUGAGUUGGCAGCUCGCGCCCGAUGAAAUUUAAUUUAUGGAAAUUGAAAGAAUUUUUUCUAUAAAUGAAGCUGAAGGGUUCCUAGAUUGUAUUAUUAGAUUUUUUUGGGAAUUUUCACAAAUUUUGCGAAUGUUUGAGUUGGCAGCUCGCGCCCGACGAAAUUUAAUUUGGGGAAAUUGAUAGAAUUUUUUCUUUAAAUGAAGCUGAAGGGUUCCUAGAUUGUAUUAUUAGAUUUUUUUGGGAAUUUUCACAAAUUUUGCGAAUGUUUGAGUUGGCAGCUCGCGCCCGAUGAAAUUUAAUUUGAGGAAAUUCAUAGAAUUUUUUUUCUAUAAAUGAAGCUGAGGGGUUCCUAGAUUGUAUUAUUAGAAUUUUGUCGGGAAUUUUCAAAAAUUUUGCGGAUUUUUAAGUUGGCAGCUCGCGCCCGAUGAAAUUUAAUUUGGGGAAAUUCAUAGAAUUUUUUCUUUAAGUGAUGCUGAAGGGUUCCUAGAUUGUAUUAUUAGAAUUUUUUCGGGAAUUUUCACAAGUUUUGCGGAUUUUUGAGUUGACAGCUCGCGCCCGAUGAAAUUAAAUUUGACAAAAAUUGAAGGCAAUUUUUUUGCAGAUAAUGCCAGAUUUUAUAACGUUUUUUUUUUGGAAAUUUCCACAAAUUUUCCGGAUUUUUAAGCUGGCAGCUCGCGCCCAGGUUUCGAUUUUAAAGUUUGAAAAUUAUGGAUGGAAAUGUAUUAAAUUAGUAAAGACUAGUCUUGAAAAUCAUAGCGAGUAGCAUCUCAAAUAAUAUUGUUAAUUUUUCCUAGCCAGGGCGCAGCCUGCCAUCUCAAAUUUUGGCUCAUUUGACAAAAUUACUCGGGUAAUUUUAGAAUUCCAUCUGGGUGAACAAAAUAGACUCGGAAUUUUGUCGUUUAUAGGCGAAAUUGUAACGCAAUUUGAGUGAAAUUGCACCCGAAAUUGGGAAAUAACCCAUUUUUAGGUCGGAUUAAUGAAUUGGACGUCCAAUCCCCGGAAUUUGAAUUUAAAAUGAUGGACAUUGAAGCUUAGAGAUCAGUUAAGAGCUUUUUAGGUCAUUUGAGAGGUGUUUUGAUGGUAAAUUGCUUUUAAAAUUCGAAAUUUUUUAUUGAUUUAGCCAUGUUUUGAUAGUUUUUGGGCAAAAAAGGAAUUUCAGACUCUUUCUUUAUUGUUUUUUGUUUAUCUCAUUGGCCCCGUGAUAGCCUAAGGGCACAAUUUAAAAUCGUUGCCUUAAAAAAUCUGGUGUUUUUUAUGUUUUGGGAAGUCCAGGUCUAGACGAGUGCAAUAGUUAACGUUACGGGAUCAGAAAAUUGGUAAUCGAACUGUUUGAAAACAGUUUUGAGGUCAGUAUUAUUUAAUCUUGUAUUAUUCAUUAGAUCAAUGUAUUUUUUGAUGAAAAAAUAUUGGUUUUUGAACGAAAAAUGAUCGAAACUUGUGAGGGCUGGAGAAUUAAUGGAGAACAGUGGAUUGGAAAGACGGUAGAUGUUGGAUUUUACUGGGUUUUAGGGGAAUUUAGGGGGGAAAAUUGAAAUUUGGGGGAAUUUUUGGAUUUUUUUUGGUUUUUUUGGCUAAAAGCUUUGAUUUUUCUCGGUUUUUGGGUAGAUUUUGGUGUGCAAUGACUUGUAAAUUAUGUAGGAUUAGAGUAGAGAGCAUUUGAGGGUAUUCUAUGAUUGAAAAUUUAUGAAAAUAAUCGAAAUAAUCGUGAAAAUCUCAACAUUUGCCGAAAUUUUUUGAUUUUUUUUGAAUUUUUGGCAACUUUUGCCCAUUUUUUGGACUGAAUUUUGUUGCUCACUAUAAAUCUAAGAUGUGUACUACAUAACUGACACAAUUUCAAGUCAAUGACUUUUGAAAUUUUUUGCAAAUUGACAAAAAAUUUGAGAAAACGGCAUUUUUUCCAAAAUUUUAUUUUUUUCUUGAUUUUUCAAUAAAUUUUUGGCAAUUUUACUAAUUAAUUUGGGAUUUAGAAUACACUUAGAAGAGUUUAGAAUGUGAUUUCCCCCCAUUUUCAGAACGACUCCAACCCAGUUCACGCGCUUUUGACCCCGAAACAGACGACCGAAGGGUUCUGGAAGCGGCGCUUCGAUUUUGCCCGAAAACCCCUGGAUUUCAUGAAGAAAACGGCCGCCCAGUCGAUGCUUUUAUCGCAGACUGCAAUAACAACAACUCAGGCACCAACCUCGACCACAACAACCUCAGCAACUUCGGCUUUGAUCGCGAAAAUUCGACCAAUGAACGUGAAUUCGAAGAAUUUUUCGAAAGAAAUUUCAAAUUCGAACGACACCCGAAAGCCCGAGGCAACGGUCGCACCGUUCCGACAGUUCACCGAAAAAGUGAAACAGCGAAUCCAGGGCAACGCCGAAAGAAAGGAAGAAGCGAAAAAUGAAGCCAUUUGGGAACAGAAGGCCGACUUGGAAGCGGAGGAAUUGAAAAGCAAAUUGCACACGUUGCAGAGAAAGCAUCUGGAAAAUGCGAAGAAAUUCCUGACGGACGGGGAGUACAAUCAGCUGAUGAAUUCGGAACAGGUAGGCAUUUUGAGGGAUUUGGAUACUUUUUGA